AUGGCUGACCUGGGCGAGAGAAACACGCCCACGCCCAACCCUCCUGCCCCUCAAGAGGUGGUUCAGCAACAAGGCCAACUCCAGCAGCAGCCGCUGGCCUCGAACCAGCCUGCGCCCAACGUCAACGCCGCCGGUGAAAACCUGCAGUGCCAGUGGCAAGGAUGCGGCGAGCGCUGCCCUUCAGCUGAAUCGCUCUAUGAGCACGUCUGCGAGCGCCAUGUCGGUCGCAAGUCGACCAACAAUCUCAACUUGACCUGCGCCUGGGGCCAGUGCCGUACCACCACCGUCAAGCGCGACCACAUCACCUCCCACAUCCGCGUCCACGUUCCCUUGAAACCUCACAAGUGCGAGUUCUGCGGCAAGGCCUUCAAGCGUCCGCAGGACCUCAAGAAACAUGUCAAGACUCACGCCGACGAUAGCGUCAUCAUGCGCUCUCCCAACAUGGAGCCAGGCGGUGGCCAGCGUCAAUCUCAGAAUGGCAUGGGACAAGGUGGGCAUUACGGCGCCUCAUACUAUGGUCGCAGUCUGACUGGACAAGUGCCUCCAAACUACUAUGCCCCAGCCAUGCCAGGUCCGCAAGAUUACACUGGCCAGCACCACCCAAAUCAGUACUACCAGCCUCAUCCCCCCGUCCAGACGGGACAACACCCGGGCUAUGGUCCAGUGACUUACUACAGUACCGCACCUCAGACCACCUACGACUACGAAGCCCGCAAGCGCGGCUAUGAUGCGCUUGAUCACUUCUUUGGCCAAGUCAAGCGCAGGGAGGUCGACCCAAUCAACUUCCACAAUGUCAGCCGCCGUCUAUUUGAGCUCCAAGGCCUUCAGCUGCCACAGAUCAUCCCCGCUGCGAUCCCGACUCCUGCCUAUCAACCGGUGUCGGUCGGUGGCGGCUAUGGGCAAGAAGAUCCUAUCCAGGCCUACAGCUUGCCGCCGAUGGGUAACGCGAAGACGAGGGAGGACUUGACGUCUAUCGACCAAAUCCUAGAGCAGAUGCAAGCUACCAUCUACGAAAACGAUGCUCAUCUCACCGCUGGCGUCGCACCAACGGGCUCCGGUUAUGUGACCUACGCCCGCUCUUCCAACAGUCCCCCGACCUCGUCCCAUCUUCCAUCAGCUGCCGCUCACGCGAAUUCGACCUCGUUGCUUCAGCAUGGUCACCAAGACAGCAUCGCCAGCGCCACCGAUGCCAGCACACCAGGUCUGACUCCUCCGUCGUCUGCACAAAGUUACACUUCCGGCCAAAGUCCCCUGCCUGGCCACGCCGCACCAACCAGCAGCGCCAUGUAUCCGACUUUGCCAGCCAGUGCGAGCGACAUGGCAUACGCGGCUGCCAAUGCCGCGACUCUCAGCGGUCUCUACGAGACUGAUGAUCGCCGCCGCUGGGACGGCGGACGACUACAGCGCGCUGCGCCUGGCAAGAUCAAGGACGAAAUGGACAUGGGAAGCGACGGUUCCGUCACUCCUCCGGCCUCUGCUGCCAACAAAGAGCCCAAGGGCAAGAAGAAGGCUUCGCCGCAAGAUAGUGUCAUUGAUCCUGCCCUCGCGAGUGCCGAAGGCGCCGAGACGCCGAGGAGCGGCGAAUCCAAAGAUGCCCCAGACCAGACCGAGAUGUGGGUGCAGAAUAUGCGUCUCAUUGAAUGGAUGCGCGAGUUCAUCAAGAAGAAGCUGCAGAGCGGUGACUAUGAGGAUGGCGCAGGGCCGGCCAAGGACUCAGCAAAGGACUCUGGCGAGCACCGAGACGCCGAGAUGACGGGCACAGACGAACACAAAGAAAAGUCUGAGGAAGAACAACUUUACCCGGUGCUGCGGCACGUAGAAGAAGCCGUCUAA